GUUGAGUGUGCGUGUGUUGUUGCUGUCAGACAAAUGGGGCGAUGAGGAGACAGUUAAUCAUGGCUGCUUCCUCGGUGCGGUGGCUCAAACGUUUGUACGUUUUCCUGUCCGUGUGUCCCCUCUGUGUGCCGGCCUUCUUGAACUUAGAGGAGCUGAAUGAGAUGAAGUACGGGAUUCAAAUCCUCCCCGACCCCGUCAUCCUCGGGCAGACCAAGACAGAGGAGGUUAUGAUGGUGUCCAGUAAGUACAAGCAACUGUACGAGUGUCGACUUCCAGCCCAGGCUGUCCGGUUUCAUCAGGAUCCUGCCUCCGAGCCGGACUCACAAGGGUACACCGGGCCUGACAUACCAGACCUACUCAGUCCAAUGCACGACGCCCAGUGUCUAGUGAAGACGAAGGACUGGUGGACGUAUGAGUUCUGUCAUGGUCAGCAUAUCAGACAGUACCACCUUGAAGACACAGAAAUCAAAGGAGACAUUCUCUUCCUCGGUUACUAUGAAUCUGAAUUUGAUUGGAGUAAUGAAACAGCAAAGGCCUCCAAACAGCACAGACUGAAGCGCUACCACAGUCAGAGCUAUGUGAAUGGCUCCAAGUGUGACCUAAAUGGAAGUCCCAGAGAGACUGAAGUCCGGUUUGUUUGUGAAGAAGGCUCGGGUGACUACAUCGCCCGAGUGGAUGAGCCUCAGUCGUGCCGCUAUGUGCUGACAGUUCAUACCAGUCGUACCUGCCAGCAUCCAUUCCUUCGGCCACCAUCCACCGCCAAGCCCCAGGGUAUCGUGUGCCAGCCUGCGCUAAGUGCGCAACAGUAUAUGGAUUACGUCAAGGCCCAAGUCUCGGAUACAAAGCGUAAAGUAGAGCAGAUCUCAGAGGAGCUGAGGACUCUUGAUGAGAUGUUGGCUGGUAAUGACGGGGCAGAUGGAGCAGUGGAAGUGACAGCAGAAGCCACAUCACCUGCACAAAGUGAUGACCUGAACCAGGCGGACAGAAAAGAUACUGCUGAUGUUUCUGGGGAUGCCAGGUCAGAGGAGGGAGAAGAUUCUGACUUCUGGGAGGGAGUUACAAAGCCAGGGAGUUCAAAAACAGCCUCCUCAGAUCAACAGGAGAAUCAGGCAGCAGAUGAAGGCUAUAAUUCACUUACAGACAAUGAAGUUAUAGAUGAUGGUGAUGAAGUUGAAAAAUUCAACUUUAAAAUCAUCACUGACCCAGCAGACCUGAGGAAAUUUGUCCAGCAUCUCAAAGAGAGCAACAGGAAGAAAGCACAAAUCCAAGCCAAAAGUCGGGGAGAGAAACCACAAAACGACAGAGUAACAGAGAAGCUCGUUGAGGAAGAGAAAGACGAAGAUGAGCGCCUGCUGCAGGAGUUUGAGGAUGAGAUCUCCGACCUCACAGUGCCCUCAGACAAGAUUGAAGAAAUAAAGGAUGAAAUGCAGAAGGAGUUUGAUAACAUCAUAAAUGAGGCCCAGCAGGAAUUAGAAACCGAAGGUCUGAAAGGGGAGUUUGAUCGCACUCAAGCAACACAGACACUGGAGACGACACUGGACAAGCUACUUGAUCAUUUCAAGGACAAAGACGUCCAGGACCCCGAGCAGGAAACGGCGGGGGUUCAAAGAGCCAGUGACCCGACCAGGGGCAGCCCCAGCCUGGCUCCAAAGCAGCCAGACCAAGCGGCUGACGACCAUGUUAAGAUCAAAAUUACUAAGUAUAAGACGGGCAGCAGCCCUGAUGGGGAGGUCAAAGUUCAGGAGAUGGGCGAAGGAGACCCCGAGUGGCAGCACAUAAAGGACGUGGUUAAAGAACAGCUAGAGAAAGCAGGACUGAAGGCAGAAGGUAAAAUUGAGGUGAAGAUCUUGACACGGAAAAACGCAGAGGAGGCAGGUGAUCAGUGGCUGACUGAAGAGGAUACAAAGUCCUUCAGGGAGCUCCUCAUUAAUCUCCUGACUGGAGGCACAGAAGAGGUUGACAAAGAACAAAAGAGGCAACAGGAGUUGGAGAACAACUAUAGGUUUGUAUGGGGAGAGUCCCAGGAAGAAUCCCAGUCGUCCAGCACCUCUGACUCAGACGAUGUGGACAUAUGAACUCACCCUGUACACGUUUUCAUGACAAUGAACUCCUGUGGAGACCGGCAGGGUGAGGGACUCAAAAGUGCAGCCUGCAAAUUUGAAUAAGAGCCCACAUGAUUAAAUUACUGCUAUUAAGCCUGGCAGAUAAUAUUGACUCACCUGUUUGCACAUUCAGAUGUGUCUUUGUGUGUCUUUAAUAGGCAAUAUGUGUCUUUAGUAGGCAUCGGUCGUGUUGCAACGAUGAAACGGCAACACCUCAGCUGUACUUGAGCAAGUGCAGUUAUGCAUUUUUCCCCUUUUUGAUGGGAUUCUGUUUUGAUAGAUGGCUAGAGCAGCCGCGUGACGUACAAUAUGUACCUUUUUUUUUGUUUUGUUUUUUUUUCAUUAGUAUUUCAGUGAAUUUUACUGAAUGUUUGAACCUAGUUCCGAGGUUUGUCAGCAGCACACUGUGUCCAUAGUUAAAUUAUUACUUACUGGUGCAUUUGUCUUAUACAAACAAGUCCUAACAUUGAAGUGACACAGCUGGGGGGGAACUGUGCAUGCCUCAACAGACUGGACAAGGAUUUGUGCAGGUUGUUUAAUUUACUGUUUACUCAAAAGUAUGAUUGUGUCUGCAUACGGAAUAACAAAGGGCAAAUACCCGAAGGUCCACAUUUCAGUCCCCACAAUGUCUCACACACUGCGUUUGAUGAUAAGAUUCGUCAGUAAACACAACUGUAGAUUACAGACGUGUUUGCACACAUGCUGUGGCACUUUAUUUUAUUUUUUUUAGAAAAGUUUGUGUAAACUCCUAAUUUUAACACUGUUCUACACAUAUUUUGUUUUCCCUUUCGGUUGUCGUACUUUUUAAAGGGAUUCAAAAGAAUAUAGGAAGAUGGAUCUAUAAAGUGUGUACUUUUGUUUCUCACAAGAGCUUCCCCCAUGUUUAAUUUACCUGAAGUUUGCGACAAAGGAAGCUACAACGUCAAUCAGAUUCCGUGUACCAAAACUUUUCUAAGGAUCCUUCACAGGUAAAAGGGCUGAAUUUGUACAGUUUGUGAAUAAUUGUGGCCACAGCUCAACAUGUACAUAAUUAUUGCAUAAAUAUGUUUUUUUGAAUUAAUUUGUUGUAAAUUGGCACAAAUUAAGAAGGACUUGAGUUACCUGAGUAAACAUGUUAAAAAUUUGUGACUAAUUAA